AAGCACAUGAAUAUCCACAUUAUAUGUCAACAAAUAGAUUUUGCAUGUGCAACUCAGGGUUUGGACUCUAUAGGGUUGUGAUUCGAAGGAGCAUAUACAACUAUCUAAAAAAUAAAACAGUGAUACGUGAGUUUGAACACCCAAAAAAGUUUUUAGUUUUACCCAAAACUGAGACCUCGUACUUACGAGUUAUGGAUGAUAAAUACUUGUAUGAGCAGCUGGAAGAAAUGGCUAAGAAUGGAACUGACAUGGACAUUAUUCAAAACAACAUGGACAUGUAUAUAAAUAUUAUAAAUGCUAAUGAGAGCAAGGUAUUGUUGAUCGGAAAUGUAAUAACCUUUAUAACGUUCCUUUGUUAUAUGUUUAUAUCAACAACAGUUUUUUCUUUCCCAAUAUGGCUCUACUUUAAAACAUUUGUGAGAAUACCAGGAUAUGUCAGACGGUACAUGCAAAGCUCUAUUGACACGCAACAAGACUUCCUAGCCUUGGCACAGGAGGUACCAGACAUAUUCAUUUCCCAUGCCGAGGAGCAAUACACCUUUGUGGUUAAUGAACUUCUGACAUUUUUGGAGAACGACUGUUCUAUCAAGGUCCUACUUCCAGAAAGAGAUUUCCAUCCGGGGCAAAACAUUUUCCUCUUGUAUUCAAAGUUUAUACAUUUUAUCCCAAGCUUACAUGGACGACAGUUUUUGCAAAAAUCUACAACUGGAGCAACUAAUUUUGCCAAAGUUGUACCAUAACGAUGACUCCAGGAAAAGUGUGCUGUUCAUUAAAAUAGAAAGGCAUAUGAUAUGUCCAUCAUAUUGCCCAAAAGUAUUGGACUGGACAACUCAUCUGUCUCCCAGAAAGAAACUCAUGAAAAUCUGGCAAUGGUUUCAAACCGGACAUUUGAAAAAUUGAAAAGCUAAAAUUGAGAUAAUUGUUGGUCAUUUUUUUUUCUUUCUUAAAACUUUGAUGCUGUUUCAAUACUGGAAGCAGACUUGUUGAUUAUCAUUAUCAUGUUCA